AUUUCCCCAACAGCCCUUGAAGAAAGUGCUUUUAAAACUCGAGUUUUUUCCACUUAUUACGUUUCAUUCAAACAUUUUUUUUGCUUUUCAGAAUAGUAUGUGACUAAUUUCCACCGCGUACAAAUUAACAUUACUUGUGUUGCAUGUUAGCAGGAGGAAAUUCUUUUAUUUUCAUUUUACGACAUUUUAGUUGUAAAAACUUCAAAAAAAGCAGAAAAACUAAGCUUUCUUAGCAUAAAACCUUAUAAUUUAUUACAAAUUUUACAAUAUAUUACUUCGUUCUAUAAUACAAUGCAGUCCUCGUGUUCGUCGUCUUUCACACUGACUCCGAACCCGAUGUUCUCGGGUUUUACGACUUCCAGUUCAAUGAGCAGCAACGGAACCGACUCAUCCUCCUCGCAACACUUCGGAUCAGUCGGAUCUGACUCUCGGAAACUCCUCGCGAAUCACCACUCGAGUAAAGCACUCAAACCCAUAUCAGCUUUAUCCGCGGGCUCGUCGCCUUUCGGGAGGUCAUCGUCCGAGGGAGUCGGCAGGAGUCGUUCGGUAGCCCGAAGUUCGUUGACACCUUUGACCUUGAACCUGGAUUUAAACAGUCGGCACAGCAGAGCCGAGACAAUAGUCGGGAAUGGAGCUAACGGACGGAGUGAUUCUCUGUCUUCCGAUUUCAAUUCGGCUUCCCCGAAUGCCAAAUUGUUCACGCAUCAGCCAUAUUCGUCAUCUGAGCAGAGGCAUAACUCGAACUACAAAAAAUACUCCCCAUUCGAUAGGGACACCAAAAAGCCAUUUGAGGAAGACGAGCAGAACUUAUUGAGUGAGUCAUCAAACAGACACCACCACCACCACCACCACCAACAGUCUUCGCCCCGUUCACCCCAUUCACCGGCCCACCCCCACCACCCUGACCAUCCAUCUUCUCAACUACGUCUGCUCCCUUGCUCAACCCUCAGGUGCUGCUGUAGCUGCCGGUGUCGCUUCUAUUGUGGAUGUGGGGGGUUGUGUGACUGCUCUCCCAGAAUGGGCCGGAAGAUCAACUUCUGUCUGGGCACCAUUCUCGCUCUCUUCACCAUCCUAAUACUGGUUUUCGGCUCUUGUAUCCUUGCUGCCGGAAUCGUGCUUGUACUCCAAUUGAAAAUAUCCUCUGAACCUUUUGGCCUGGGUUCGAAACUCGGCGCCCGCGAGGAAGGCGGCGACGAGCUGAUUGUGAUAGUCGAGAGUGUCGCGUGGCUGUGUGUUGCUGUCGGGGUGCUGUUGGCACUUGUCGGCUUUUCGGGAUGCACGGGAAGUUUCGGCCGAGUGAAACGCGACUACAAAGUACUCGGGAAAGUGUUUCUGGUCACAUUUAUGUUUCUGGUGUUUUUGGUGCUGAUGUCUACCCUCGCCACAUCAAUCUCUGCUAUUCUACUUCAAGACUCAUUGAAGAGUAGACUGAGACAGGAACUAAAGGGUAGCAUGGAGUCAUACAGGGGAGAGAGGAGUGCACAUCCCGCCAGCAUAUUCUGGAACCUCAUACAGCUGAAGCUGGACUGUUGUGGGUCUGAGUCGGCUGAUGAUUGGGGCAAGAGUGCCAACUGGCGUCGACUGAGUCAAAGUGAGAGUAACCAGUCAUGGCCCUAUGUGUGUUGUCGGUGGGAGGGGAGGGAGGAGGUCUCUUUUCACCAACUGGACACUGGAGGGGUGCCCAGACCGAGGUACACUGAGUGGGAGGAGUGUUAUCAGUUAGACUCCACCCACCGACACAGAUACAUCAAGGGCUGUGCAAUAGCAGUUGAAGAGGUGGUGCUGGACAAUCUAAUUCCACUGUCCAUAGUAGUGUCCUCUUUGGUCAUAGCAUGUCUACUCUGCAUACUGAUUGCAAUUGUUCUCUGCAGACACCAAGACUACUACUCCGUCAACUUUUUAGACACGUGACACCCCCCCCCCCUCUACUUUUUCCUUUCUCCCCCUCUCCCCUCCUUACGUUACCGCUAUACCUCACCCUUAAAAAAUCGCCCUCCUCCUCUCCUACUCCGCUAGGAAUUGAGACAGAGCCCCAGUAUACUCAUCAGAAACAAGUCACAUUUUUGAAAAUAAAUACAUCCUUUUGUUUGUAAAAAUGGCUAUUCUAAAAUUCAUUCAAUUUCGUGUUAUCAUUCGAUAGUAUGUUAGUAUUGCUGAUGUUUUCCAUUGCGAAGCGGCACAGAACUUCGUCAAUUAUUCAUUAUAUAAUUGA